AUGGUCACUCUCGUCACGUGCAAGCCGCAGGGCUUUCAUGGCCUAGCGAGAAUCUCCCCCUCAUUCCCACUCAACAUCCCGGAUGGCGCGGGAGCGAGCGCCGCUGACGCGGCGGGCGGUGGGCGCGAUGGUGCUGGCGGCGGUGCUUGUGGGGGCGGCGGUGGCGCUGUGGCGUCGCGACCGGCGCGAUGGGGAGGGGCUGCAGCGGCUGCUGGCGGAGCAGCAGCGCUUUCAGCAGACGUUCCUCGCGCACCUCGACGACCACGUCGCGUCGGCGGCCUCUCCGUUUUGCCUUCUUCCUCCCCUUCCCGCCUCUCCUCGCCAAGGCAUCCCCUUCCCUCACCUAUCCGUUCCCCCGUCCCCCUCUCCGCCCCGCAGGUGCAUCCCGCGGUGGCGGCGCUCUCCAACAGCGUCGCCCCGCGCACCGCGCACGCGGGCGCAGUAGCAGUGCGCGCGGGGCACCGCGGGGCAACACACCUGUGCGCCUACAGCGAGGAUGAGCUCGCGGAGGCGCUGCAGCGCGCGCACCACUGCGGGAUGGGCGAGGCGCGGUACUACCUGGGCGGCGUGUGGAUGGACUGGGGGCUGCUGGAGCGCGAGGUGUCGAGGGACAACGACCCCGCCAGGCUCUCCUGCGUGCUCGCCUGCUCCCUCCGCCGCGACCUCGGCUGCCUCCCCCACCUCCCCUGCCUGCACGCCCUCUGGCUCCGCCACCUCAAAGAAGACACGGCAGCGCUGCACCAGUUCUACGAGAAGGACGCGGCGCUGCCUGUGCUGCGCGCCGACCCCUCUCUGCUCGCCAUCCUCGACGCUGGUGCUGGCGUCGGCGUGCUCUCCCUGCUGCUCGCCGCCCUGAACCCGCAAGCGACGGUGGUGGCGGUGGAGGCGGGGGAGAGCAGCUUCCGCGCUCUGCAGCGCAACACAGCAGCGCUGCCCAACGUGGUGGCUGUGAGGGGCGGACUGUGGCCGUACGAGACGAGCCUGCAUGUGGCGCAGGAUGGCCGCCUCACACCCGCCCAGUCCAUCAACGCCCAGGGCGCGGAGUCCAGCUGGGUGCAGGCGGACGUGGUGCCGGGGCUGUCAGGCCCCUUCCUGCUGCGCUUCCUCGCCCUGCCACGCUUCGACCUCGUGCGCAUCAACACGCACGGCAACGAGGAGCCACUCUUCCACGCGCCCUCCCCGCACCACGACGCGCACUGGCUGCUCACCGGGCCCCGCACGGCCAUCUUUGACUCGCACCCGGGCCUCUUCCCUGCCACUGCCGCCUCCUCACCCUCCCCCUCCACCAACGACCGCGCCAGCAUCCCUGCUACCUUCCUGUCGCAGCACGGGGGGUUUGAGCAGGUGCCUGAGACCAAGGGGUCUGGGUUCAUUGUGCUGCGCCGUGGGGAGGUUAGGGGGAGUGAGUCGCUGGAGGGAGUGGGCUUGCCGAUUUUCUCGAAUGAGACCGCAUCAGGAGAAGGAUCGACAGGUGUGGGAGGUGCAGGAGCUGUAGGAAGGAGUUGA